GGUCCCUUUAAUGAAUUUUGAACUACAGAGAGCAUUUUUAUUUCAUUUGAGUAUUGUUUCUACAAACUACUUCACUCCGUUUAUCCAUUCUGUACGCGUCUAGCUACGCACGUACAGGAUCCACAAUGCCGAACCCAUACCGAACCAUAAUCGUAUUUACCACCACUCUCUACUUGUUAUCAAUCAUCCAGACUGCUCAAUCUGAAGCCCCCAAAGGAUCUCCUAGCGGUGGUCGUGAUUUUAAAGUUCAAGGGCAAGUAUAUUGUGACCCAUGCCGUGUCCGUUUCAUUACCCAACUUAGCACAUUUCUCAAAGGUGCCACCGUACGAUUAGAAUGUCGAAAUCGAGAACAAGAUACAAACUUGACAUUCAGCGGCGAAGCCACCACUGAUGAUACCGGAACAUACCACAUAACCGUGGAUGAUGAUCACGAGGACGACAUCUGUGAGGUUAAACUGGUUAAGAGCCCUGAUCCUCAGUGUUCUGAGAUCAAUCUAGAGAAGAACACCAGAUAUGGGGCAAGAGUUUCUCUUGCAGCCAACAGUGGUAUGGCUUCAAAUGUUCGAAUGGCUAGCCCUAUAUGCUUUCUGACAAAUAAAGCACAUGAAGAUUGCGAUGAUCUCAUUCGCGAAAUAGGUCUUGCUCCUGUAAAUAAAACAUAAUCAGAGAUGGAGGAUCUAGCCUGCCGCUGUGAGUUAAUUGAAUCUGCCUGUAUUUGUAAUAAAAUGUCAAUCGGCGCUUUAAUUUAUCAUCUUGUUCUUAUUAAAAUAUAUUAAAAAAAUUAAUUUUAGUUUUACCGGAU